AUGCUUCUACAGGACGGAUCCUUGUAUAUGACGGGCGACAACUCACAAGGGCAGUGCGGCUGGCCAAAAGAAGUGACCCAUACUAUUGGCUGGCGUCUCUUGCCCGGGAAAUUUGUCGAUGUGGGCUGCUGUUGGGAGAGUACCGUCGUAAUCACCGCGAAGGGGGAGGUCCAAAGCUGCGGUAAAGGGUUAAAGGGAGAGCUUGGUCUUGGCCCUCUCGUGCAAAGAAGCGAGCUGUCUACUGUUAUGCAGUUGAACACAACAAAUGGAAGCGUGCACUGUUGCCUGCAUAAUGUAUGCGUACAAGACGGUGCGGAGCUUUAUGGAUGGGGAGCGAAUACAAAAUGUCAACUUCUGGCGCCCAAGUCAAGAUAUCUAAACACUCCAACCCUUAUUCACAAGGGAACUAGUAUAACACAAGUGAGCCUGGGCAAGAACUUUCUGUGUUUUGUGGACCAAGAGGAGCUAACAAUACAAGGAACCGCAUCUGAUUUUUUACCAGCGAUAGUACAAGAAUUCGAAGCCCACAAGCCGUGCGUGCAGUUCCACGCUAUGUGGUCAUCUCUACAUAUGCUGGCCCCUGGCCAUUUGGCAUCAUUUGGACAAGGAAAUCAUGGCCAGCUGUUUAAAGAUGCCGUUCCCAGUGCGAUUACAUCGUGGGCGACGGGCAGCGAGCACGGCGUACUCUGCGUCAGCAGGCAGGACGUUCUGUGCUGGGGAUGGGGCGAGCACGGAAACUGCGGCAGGCUGACGCACGACGUGGCUGCAACUGCGCAGUUACCUGACGAGAACGACUACUCGAACCAAGUGAGCCCGCUUAACCUCGUUUACACUUGCGGCAGCGACCCCACGGCUGCUGUGUACAAGUGCUACGGGGGCUGCGCCACUACAUGGAUUUGUAUACAACAUAACUAG